GACGACAACCGACUGACUGACUGACUGACUGACUGACUGACUUGACUGUCAACGGCUACCUCCCUGUCGCCUGCUGCUCCCUCCCGGGCAUGAGUACUUUCUCCUCUCGUGCCUGUCCAUAGAUGCCCUUUCUCCCUUCAUCAUGCUAAGCCGUGCCGUCCUGCCUCUGACGAGGCCGAACGUCCUCGCCUCGACCGUCCGCGUCUCAUCCCUCUCCUCCCAGUCCCGCUGGUACGCAAAGGUCGGCAAGCCCAAGGCCCCCUACAAGCUCCCCGACUCCGUCAAGGCCUCCAAGCCCGACCAACCGCCCAAGGCUCCAUCCCAGCAGCAAGACUACUCCGCCGACCAGGCCGAGUUCGAUGCCGCCAACACCUCCCAAAAAGCCGCCGAAGCUUCCGAGUCCGGUUCCACAGUGCCCCAGCACGAUGCUCCGCAAAAACCGCUCCCCGAUCUCACCCAGGGUAUCCCUUCCACCCUGGCCGCCGAACUGGAGGGCCGCUCGAAGAACCGCGGACCUUUGAACCUGACGGAGGACGCGCGUGAAGAAUACGAUGAGGGCGGCCGCGGCGACGUCCCCCCCAACUACGAGUCUUCUCUCGACCGCAAGCGGGCCCGCAUGGCCAACCUGAUGUAUGUCGCGUUCCUGCUGGCAGGCGCCGGUGGUGUGGCAUACCUGGGACGGAGCUGGGAUUCGGAGGAGGAGGAGAGAAUGCACCCCACGAUCCCCUCGGGCUGGGGUCUGGGACUCUGGUACAGCCGGGCCAAGGCUCGCCUCGGCGACCUCACGAGCUACUACAAGGACCCGGCGUUCCCCAAGCUGCUCCCUGACGAGGACCCCAACAUGCGCCAGCCUUACACGCUCGUGCUGAGUCUGGAGGACCUGCUGGUGCACAGCGAGUGGAGCCGUGAGCACGGAUGGCGCGUGGCCAAGCGGCCCGGUGUCGACUACUUCCUCCGCUACCUGAACCAGUACUACGAGCUCGUCCUCUUCACCACCGUGCCCAGCAUGAUGGCCGACCAGGUCCUCCGCAAGCUCGACCCUUACCGCAUCAUCCGCUGGCCUCUGUUCCGCGAAGCCACCAGAUACAAGGACGGCGAGUACAUCAAGGAUCUGUCCUACCUGAACCGUGACCUCUCCAAGGUGAUCCUGAUCGACACCAAGGAGGAGCACGCCCGCCUGCAGCCCGAGAACGCCAUCGUCCUCGACAAGUGGAACGGCAACCCGAAGGACAAGACCCUGGUGGCGCUGAUCCCCUUCCUGGAGUACCUGGCCGGUAUGGGCGUGGAGGACGUGCGUCCGGUGCUGAAGUCGUUCGAGGGCUCGCCCAUCCCCGUGGAGUUCGCCAAGCGCGAGAAGGCCAUGCGCGAGCGCUUCGAGAAGGAGCUGGCCGAGGAGCAGAAGAAGCGUCCCCGCAGUGGAAUGGGUAGUUUCGCGUCCGCGCUGGGGCUGAAAUCCUCGCGCACGCUGGACGGCGAGCAGUCCCCCUCGGAGGGCCUGGCGCAGGGCAAGAUGCUGUGGGACCAGAUCCGCGAGCGCGGGCAGAAGAACUACGAGCUGAUCGAGAAGGAGAUCCGGGAGAACGGCGAGAAGUGGUUGUCGGAGAUGGCGGCCGAGGAGGAGAAGGCGCGUCAGGAGCAGAUGGCCAUGAUGAAGGGCUCCUUCACCGGCAUGUUCGGUGCGGGUGGCGACAAGAAGCAGUAAACUCUUUUCCUUCCUUCUUGACGGUGCGCUCUCUCGGUCCUGGGCGCCGGACACGACUUUUUCUCUACUCCGUUGGUUAUUCGUAAUGUAUGUAUACUCGAGGCGCGCUUUGUGAUCUCGGGAUGGGAUUAACAUUAGAGGGAUUCUGGGGCUCCUGCACAUGAUGGGGGUCCGUUGUAAAAUAGCAUCUGGUUGUGGAUUUGGUUUGCGUGUAUAAAUUGAACAAAGUUAACCCAAUACUAAUGCAUGUUGAGGGGUGGUGACUCAAACUGGCAUGCCGAUGUAACUAGUAGCGGUGGUAUAUAUAUA